AAAAGGCUUGGAGAGAGUCAGAAACAAAGACGGGAGAGAGACGGAGAGACACUGGGGAGAGCAGGCCAGAGUGGGGGACAGAGUGCAGACAUCCUGAAAGACAGACAGACAGACAGCGGCCACAGUGGGAAGAGCGUGGGGACAGGAGCGAGGGGCCAGGGACCAACAGACAGGCGGGGAGACCCACCCUGAGACCCAGGAGCUAGAAAAAGGGCAAGACAGAGACAGGGAGGUGUGGAGAGAGGGGGCCAGACAGGCAGGGAAGUCUCUGGACUCGGACGCAGAGGGGCACGGAGGCAGACCCUUCAGAUGAGCUCCAGGCCUUGGCUCUGCUCAGGGGUGCAGUGGAGCUCAGUGGGCGUGCUGCUUUUGGGGAGCCCAGACCAGGGGUGCUUGCCCGAGGGCCAGCUGACACCAGGUCACCCUGAGAUGGAGCUCAGGGACCCCGAGAACCAGGAGGAUGGGGACCCGGAGGAGGACACAGCCACGGCCCUCCAGAGGCUUGUGGAGCUGACGGCCACCAGGGUGACCCCAGUGAGGAGUCUGCGUGUCCAGUAUCACCUCAUCCGAAAGCUUGGCUCCGGCUCCUUCGGCCACGUGCUCCUUGCCCGGCCUCGCCAAGGGGCAGGUCCGGCUGUGGCUCUGAAGCUCCUACCUCGGGACUCGGUCCUGAGAACCACCUUCCUGAGAGAGUUCUGUGUGGGCCGCUGUGUCUCAUCACAUCCAGGCCUGCUCCAGACCCUGGCAGGACCCCUGGAGACGCCCCGACACUUCGCCUUGGCCCAGGAGUAUGCGCCCUGUGGGGAUCUCAGCGGGAUGCUGCAGGAACGGGGCCUCCCAGAGCUGCAGGUGAAGCGGGUGGUGGCCCAGCUAGCUGGAGCCCUGGACUUCCUCCAUGGCCGGGGGCUGGUCCAUGCGGACGUCAAGCCAGACAACGUGCUGGUCUUCGACCCUGUCUGCAGCCGGGUGGCCCUGGGUGACCUGGGUCUGACCCGGCCUGAGGGCAGUCCAACCUCUGCCCCGCCAGGGCCACUGCCCUCCGCCCCACCCGAGCUCUGCCUCCUGCUGCCCCCUGACACCCUGCCCCUGCGACCAGCAGUGGACUCCUGGGGGCUGGGGGUGCUUCUCUUCUGUGCGGCCAUGGCCUGUUUCCCUUGGGAUGCGGCACUAGCCCCUGACCCUGGGUUCGAGGCCUUUGCUGGCUGGAUGACCACCAGGCCCCAGCCACUUCAACCACCGCCCCCUUGGGACCAGUUUGCGCCCCCGGCUCUGGCACUGCUCCAGGGGCUUCUGGACCUGAAUCAAGAGACUAGGAUCCCCCCACUGGCUGUCCUGGGCUUCCUGGGGGAUGAUUGGGGGUUAAAGGAGAACAAGGAGAGACCUGGGGGCUUGGGGAGUGUGUCCAGUGAAGACGGGGAGGAGGAAGAGGGGGGAGCAAGCCUGGAAGAGUGGUCAGAGGGGGAGGAGAAUGACGACAACAACGAUGGUGGGAGGUGCAGACAGAUGGGGGACAGCCCUGACCAGCUGACUGGGACAGGCGCCCAGAGCUUGGGCCAAAGGCCUCUCCCCCAGCCCCCAUGGCCACCUGGAUGGAGAGACAGCUGCUCCCGGGACGACAGAGAUGGAACACAUUGCAUCUCUCCCAACUGAAGCCUGGACUUGUAUGCACAAUUCCCCUCCUGACUGAGGACCCAGGAGUCCGGUACCCCCGGCCCCUCCUCCCUCAGACCCAGGGGUCAGACCCUCACCCCUCCUCUCUCAGACCCAGGGGUCAGACCCCCACCCCUCCUCCCUCAGACCCAGGGGUCCAGGCCCCCAGCCCUCCUUCCUCAGACCCAGGGGUCCAGGCCCCCAGCCCCUCCUCCCUCAGACCCUGGGGUCAGACCCUCACCCCUCCUCCCUCAGACCCAGGGGUCAGACACCCACCCCUCCUCCCUCAGACCCAGGGGUCCAGGCCCCCAGCCCCUCCUCCCUCAGAACCAGGGGUCCAGGCCCCCAGCCCUCCUCCCUCAGACCCAGGGGUCAGACCCCCACCCCUCCUCCCUCAGACCCAGGGGUCCAGGCCCCCAGCCCCUCCUCCCUCAGACCCAGGGGUCCAGGCCCCCAGCCCUCCUCCCUCAGACCCAGGGGUCUGGGCCCCCACCCCUCCUCCCUCAGACCCAGGGGUCCAGGCCCCCAGCCCCUCCUCCCUCAGACCCAGGGGUCUGGACCCCCGGCCCCUCCCCCCUCAGACCCAGGGGUCCAGGCCCCCAGCCCCUCCCCCCUCAGACCCAGGGGUCCAGGCCCCCAGCCCCUCCCCCCUCAGACCCAGGGGUCAGACCCCCACCCCUCCUCCCUCAGACCUAGGGGUCAGACCCCCACUCCUCCUCCCUCAGAUCCAGGGGUCCUGACCCCUCCUCCCUCAAGGACCCUUCCUCUCUCUUCUGUCCUGAGCGUGUCUUCUUGAAGGAAGGUGCUGUUUCCCCUGUAGAUGCAUUUCUGCACGGUGGGGACAUGUUGGGUGCUUAUGGACUUGUGAUGUGGUCAGUCCUCUCCCUUAAGACCUUAGGUGACUCCCGCUGGCCUUGGCACCAAAUCUGGGCUUUCCAUAUCCAACACCAUGGAAACCUCGCCUUCCAUCUCUCCCACUUCCCUGGGCUCUGGGGGACAUUAAGGGGAGGCACUCAUCCUUUCUGGACCUAAAUGGACACACAGAUAGGCACACACACACCCUCUCUUGCUUGCAGACGUUUGGAAACCCUGUGUUCUCCCCCGAGAAUGCCUUCUUCCCAACUCCAGGCCUCCAGAAAGUAGACCCCUCCCCGGGGGCCUCUCCGGCUCCUCCGAAACUUGUAGCCCAGCGAUCUGCGCCUCCACCUUUUUCAUCUCCCCUCGCAGGCUGCCCAGGAUAGACUUGGUCUUGUCCCCCUGCACAUCCUUUCGGGUUCUGCUCUCACACGGCAAGCCUCCUGCGCCAGCUCCCUGAGAGCACAAGCACCGUGGCGUGUGCUGGUCCCGUCCACGCUGAGGGCCACAGCUGGUUUGCAGGGAUCUGUGUUCACCCGGGCCGGCCCGAUGCCACCCCCAUCCCAGCACACAGACCCCUGACUUGUGAAGCUUCCCGCCUGCAGGGCAGGGGCUGCGUGGAUCCCAUGCCGCAUGCCCCGCACCCAGCACGGCCACGGGGACCUGCUUCUUUCUGGGGAAUCUGUCCUACGUGCUUUCUAGAUUUAAAAACGUGAGUUCACUCCAUACGACGGGGUGUCCUGAAUUGGACCCUGGAGCAGGUAAAGGCUGUUGAUGGACAUGGGAAGCAUCUAGCGUUUGACUGACGGUUACUGUCUUCAUUUGGACAAAUGCACCGACAGCUGGGUGAGGGACUCACCUGGCAGGGAGCUUGGUGAGGCGACAUGGGAGCUCAAAGCAGCUGUCCUGUACCUCUAAAAAUGAUUCUGAAAUAAAAAGUAAAUUUAAAAAGAA